UCUUGUUGCCCUUACAAUGGCAAGGAUGUCGACAGAUCCUCUAAUUAUUGGGAGAGUCAUAGGAGAUGUUCUUGGCUCUUUCACCCCAACCAUAAAAAUGACCGUAACUUACAAUAAGAAGCAAGUCUACAAUGGGUACGAGUUCUUCCCUUCCACAAUUACCACAAGGCCAAGGGUUGAGAUUGGUGGAGGAGAUAUGAGGUCCUUCUAUACACUGAUUAUGACAGACCCGGAUGUCCCUGGCCCUAGUGAUCCUUACCUGAGAGAGCAUUUGCACUGGAUGGUGACAGACAUUCCAGGCACAACAAAUGCCUCAUUUGGGAAAGUGUUGGUGAGCUAUGAGAUGCCAAACCCUAACAUUGGGAUACACAGGUAUGUGUUUGUCCUGUUGAAGCAAAAACGUAGGCAGUGUGUAACUCGUCCACCUUCUUCAAGGGAUCACUUCAACACUCGCAAAUUCUCAGCUGAGAAUGACCUUGGCCUCCCUGUUGCUGCUGUCUACUUCAAUGCACAGAGGGAAACUGCUGCAAGAAGACGCUAGCUAGUAGCUAGAUAUAAUAGCUACUAGUGCAAUAAGCAAUUAAAUGUACUAAAUAAAAUAUGUUCACGUGGGGGACCUAUAUAUGUGUGAGGAGUUCUUCUAGUGCUAAAUCUUCA